GCGGCAACCUAAGCUCAGCAACAUCAACCCACUCGCCUUUGCAUACACGUAAUCAAAUACCCAAAACUCGCCUUCAAGAUGGUGUUAGAAGCUUCCAUGAUAGUUGUCGACAAUAGUGAAGCUAGCCGAAAUGGUGAUUACGUACCCUCUCGAUGGGAAGCGCAACAAGAUGCCGUAAACCUCAUAUUCUCCGCCAAAACCGGCGCGAAUCCAGAAUCUUCGGUCGGUCUGAUGAGCAUGGGAGGCAACACGCCGGAGAUCCUCACGACCCUGACGACAGACAUUGGCAAGAUCCUCGAUGGCUUGCACCGGACAAAAAUAAAGGGCAGCUCACAUUUCGUGACUGGCAUCAACGUGGCAGCUUUGGCUCUCAAGCACAGGCAGAACAAGUCGCAGAAGCAGCGGAUAGUCAUAUUCAACUGCAGCCCCAUCGAGGAAGACGAGAAGAACUUGAUUAAGCUGGCAAAGAAGAUGAAAAAGACGGGUAUCAGCAUCGACAUCAUCGCCUUCGGCGAGCUUAGCGACGACACGACCAGGAAGCUGCAAGCCUUCAGCGACAAUGUGCAGAGCGCAGAAGGUUCCUACCUUGCCACUGUUCCACCCAGCGCGAACCUUCUCAGCGACUCGCUGAUCACAACACCCAUACUUGGCGGUGAUGGCACCUCUAAUGCUGGAGCUGGUGGUUCUGGUGGCGAUGGCGAUGGUUCUGGUGGUGGUGGGUCCGGUGGUGGUAACGACUUCGAGUUUGGCGUAGACCCAUCAGUGGAUCCCGAGCUGGCACUGGCACUGAGGAUGAGUUUUGAGGAGGAGAAGGCUCGGCAAGAGAAGGAGAAGAAGACGAAAGAGGCAGCUGAGGGCAAGACCGAGCUUGAGCCUGUGGCAGAGGGUGAUGAAAAGCAGCCGCUACUGGAUGAUCAAGGCCAGCCAAGUGGAAGCAGGAGCAAGGACAAGAAGAAGGAUGAUGAUGAUUCGGACAAGAUGGAUACGGCAUGAUAUUAGGCAGCAGCAAGGCGUCAAGAGGCGGGUUGAUCAUAGCUAUCAAAGCCUCUAGGAUAGAGCAUCUAUGGCGUCUAUUGUAUCACUAGCACUGGCGUAUACCAAAGCAUCAGAGACAGACGAAUGAACGAUUAUGAUGAAUGUAGGCUAUAUUGUCUUAACUGCAACAACUUUGUGGCUUUAGGCUACUAGUGCGAGUGUCUAGAGUCGUCUCUACUCUUAACAGUGGUGCCAGUCCAAUCUCUG